GGGAGCUUCGUGCCUCGCGGAAGAGGAGCGACUUCCCUUGGGAAGAGAGGCUGGUCUUUAGUUUCUCCCCUUAAAAUAGAGUCGUCCUCAUAGAAGCCUGGAAUUGUUAGGCUUGGAAGGGAGACCAUCUAGUCCAAUCCCCCUGCCAAGGCAGGGUCACGUCGAGCAGGAUACAGGUGACACAGGAAUGCGUGCAGCUGUCAUGGAGGAGUUGGUAGAGGAUGACAUCUGUAUUUUGAACCAUGAAAAAGCAGACAAUGCUCACAAGAGAGACAGUGAUAUUCCUGUUCCAUCAUAUAGUGGAGAUGAGUCUGUUGCCUCACACUUUGCACUUGUCACUGCAUAUGAAGAUAUCAAGAAACGACUGAAGGAGACAGAGAAGGAGAACUCUUUCUUAAAAAAAAAAGUGAGAAUUUUAGAAGAGAAGGUGCUUGGCUCCCGGCUGGAAGAGGAAUGCAGCUCAGUUGGGCGGGAACAAGUCAAUAAGGCCUACCAAGCCUAUCGAGAGGCCUGCAUCGACCGCAAUCAUUUGAAAAGCAAGCUGGAAAAAAUGGCAAAAGAAAGUGCGGAAUCCUUGAAAAACUUGAAUGAACAGUUGCAAUCUAAAGAAGUAGAGCUGCAAUCUAAAGAAGUAGAGCUGUUACAGCUAAGAACUGAAGUGGAAACUCAGCAAGUGAUAAAAAGUCUGAAUUGUACUCAGGCUAACUGGGAACUAGAGAAGCUGAACAGUGACCUGAAAGUGCAUAGUCUGGAACAGGAUCUGGAAAAACUCAAGGAAGAGUGCAACAGUCUCAGGAAGGAGUUGCAAAAUUCCAAGCAGAAGGACCAGGCUCAAAAGGAAAAUCUAUUACAUGGAGACCACAUUCAAAGGCAAGACAUCCAGAGCGUGCAGCAAACAUAUUGGGACCUGAAGAGAGAAAUGUCUAAUUUGCGUGCAGUGACUGACAAGCAAGCUGAGGUCCUCCAAAAACUGAAAAGGAACCCACCAGGAGCCAAGAAAGCUGCCUGUACUGCACCAGUGCAAUGUGUUGACUUGAACAUUUCAAAGCUGAAUUUGACAUCUGGGGUAGUCUCUAAAAACCUCUCACAAAACGAUAAAGCCCUUGGCAAUGCUGUGUCUCCCCCUCUGCUGAGAGAUGCCCAGGUCCCAUCAGAAAGGGUGACCCUACAAGCUUGGACAGAUGAGAGACCAAUUCCAGCUGAUGGCAAAACGUUUCAGGAACACCAUUCUUAUGGAAAGAGCUCUCUGGAAGAUAAUUCCUGGGUAUUCCCAAGUCCUCCAAAGCCCAAUGAGAAUAUGUUUUGGGAAAUGAAAAAUAAUCCAACUUUGUUAAACUGUCCAGCAGAUUACCUGGAUCGGUGUAAUCAAAACUGUCUGCACAAGAGUUAAACAAUUUUUAGAAUGAACUGAGGCAUUUUUGGAGUGAUUCUGAAUAGGCACCUUAAUGCUCGAACUUUUAAGGGGAGAAAACAAAUUGCUUGAAAUGUUCUUUCUUUAUUUUUAAUUCUAGUUCCAAAUCAGAAAGCCUAGUCUUUCUCUGCUGUAAAUUGGGAGUGAGUUCCUUGAUGUUAAAGCUGUGCUGGUAUAAUGUAAAUACAAAGAAAUCUAGCAUGGAGCCUAGAUAGUCUUGUACUGCAAAUGACAUACAUUUGCUAAAGGUUACACUGAAAAGUGAGUUUGUGGAAUAAAACAAAAUAAUCUAGUUCUGUAUUUGUUUGCUAUUUGUAUGUAAUCAAGAAAAUACUUGGUAUCCAGUGUUAGAAUUUGCACCAGCUCUGAGCUUAUAUUUUGGCAGUGUUCUUUUUCAGAAAAAGACAUAAUAUGAAGAAUUGGAUUCUCUCUUCCUUCCUCCUUUCAAUUAGCUUUGAUUCCUCUCAUUUGUAAAUGCAUUUUUCUGUAAUUUCUAACCAAGAAAAGUGAAUUUUUAUUUUUAUUUUUUUUCAACCUUGGUUUAUAUGAGAUAGUGGCAAGAUAAAAAUCACCCCUAGGCUAUCCUGUUCUGUUUGCCUCGUUUUGGGCUUGAUUGUGAAUUGCAAAGGACCGUAAGUAAUGCUGCUGAACACUGUGAAUCCUGGAGGUUCAUCUUGUUUCCCUCAGUUCCUGCUGAAGGAAGCUGCUGUAACUGCACAGUGGUGCUGCCACAGACCCAGCAGGCCCACAGUGCAGUUUUCCAUAUCGUGCCUCCUUUGCACAGCACCACAGCCCUGACUCUUUAUUCCUGUGGUGGUGAAGGCUACUAACUUUCCUUUUGUUAAAGAAACAAAGCCUUAAUUUAAUCAGACUUGGUGUUGUUGCAUUGUUGAUUACAAAAAUAAGUGUUUUUGUGGUGUCUUUAGUAUGCCACCGAGAACCAGAGCUUCUGGAAUUCCAACUAACCGCUUUAUAGAUUAUGGGUGUCUAGGUACUAUGUUUUCUUUUUUUUUUUUCCCUCUUAAGGCCAUAAACUGUUUCUAAACAAAUAUAAUUUAUACUUUAUUUUUUGUUUGUUUUGUAAACUUCUCUGCUUCAUAUCUGGAUUAAUACAACAGGGUUAAGUGAAAUGUCUUGACUGUUCAAAAAAGUUGAAGAAAAAUGCAUUGUAUUUUAGAUGCAUGAUACCUAACUUGUAAUGGGCAGGAAGAUAUUUAAUACUGAAUGUGCUAUUUACAGAUGUGUGGGUGGGUGAAGUAUUCAGCUUCACAGAUCCAGCUUAACAUCAAAGUAAUAAAAAUUAAUUUCACA